UAUACGCAAAAAAAAAAAAAAAAAGCAGAACAGUCAUAGAUUAAGAACAAUACAGUGAAACGUUAAAGUAAGAACGUCAAGAGUUUGCUAAAUUUAAUAGACUUUUGAAAAAACAUAAUAUGAUAGCCGUUUCAAGCCAUAACAAAGUCCCACCAAGGCUUCCAAAAUGUGCGAGGUGCAGGAAUCACGGUGUCGUCUCAAUACUUAAAGGGCACAAACGAUUUUGCCGAUGGCGUGACUGCAAUUGCCCAGAUUGCAACUUGAUUGCUGAGCGCCAAAGGGUCAUGGCGGCACAAGUAGCAUUGCGACGUCAACAAGACCAAGAAGAAUACAUGAGAGCAGUUCAAUUGCAACAAAGUGAUGAUCCAUCUCCGGCAAUUUCUCAACCUGUCUCUACUACCCCAUUAAACGGUGUUAUUAAAGGUCCUACUUUAUCCGUAGCGCAAACUUGGAGUUUGAACGAGCCAGUUGUCAUGUCAGAAAUCGCAAUAGGUGAUGCAAAAUGCCACGAGUUCAAAAAAGAAGAAACUUAUAAUUCAGACGACGAUUACGCUAUUGGAAACGUUGCGGACGAUUCACCGGAAUGUGAAGACAAAAACGAAAAGUCAGAAACUUGUGAUGAACAGGCAUCACCAAAGCGAAAGUUAUCAUCUGUUAUAGAAAAUCACAACAUAAUGCCAUUAGUGUCACCACGGCUUCAGUCAUCUUCAUCUUCAGAGAACGAAGAACCUGUUGUAAAAAUUGCUCGAAUUGAACCAGAAAUGUCAGUUCAUCAGAAGCAGCUACAACAAAAAAACCUAGAUUUGUUAUCUCGCCUAUAUCCUGAGCAAAAAAGAGGAGUUCUUGAACUAAUUUUAAAAGGUUGUAAUAACGAUAUUGUGCAAGCAAUCGAGUGCAUUUUACCAAGUCACGAAAGAGCUAUACAACAGUUAUCUAUGUUACCGAACCAAAGUUAUUCUCUAAAUGGUAGCACAAAAACCAUUGAAACACUUACCCGAACCUACCCUCAUAUCACAGGUGAAAAAAUUUCGUCAGCAUUCUUGCCUUUUACUACUAAUCAACACUCGAUACCUGUUCAGUCUUUUUCUGCUACUAUAACCUCUGGUGGUUGCCCUCCUGGGUGUAUGUGCCAGAAACAGCAAAAGUGUGAAUGCGUUGACUGUUUAAACGGAAAAACAAAUCAUAUGCCUAAUAAUCACACUUCUACGAACUCACUAAAAUAUCCCAUUCAAACAUUAUCUCAUUUAAACCAUAUUGCUCCUAACAAAUUAAAAACUGCCCAUAGAAUGGCGCCAUACGUUCCGGUAUCAUCGCAUGUAGGAAAUACGUUAUCAGAGCCAGUUAAAAUAUGUGCUGGAUGUGGUGGAACUAUGAAACUCGAAGACCAGAGAUGCCCUAAUUGCGAGCCGGAGCCAAUUAAGACUUGAUUAGUAAGCCCCAUAUAAAAAGUGAAAGUAACUGAUUUAGUUCGAUUUAUCCUUUUAGAUUAAUGUAUUUAGCAUUAAACAUUAAAAAAAUAAUAUAAAUUCAAA